GUUGGUGUAGACGAGAAGCUGUCUUUAAGACAGGUAGCUGUUGUUGAAGAUUUCUUUGACAUAAUCUACUCCAUGCAUGUGGAAACAGGGCCCAAUGGAGAACAAAUCAGAAAACAUGCUGGGCAAAAGAGGACUUACAAAGCAAUUUCAGAGACCUAUGCCUUUCUACCAAGAGAAGCGGUGACACGAUUUCUAAUGAGCUGCUCAGAGUGCCAGAAAAGAAUGCAUUUAAACCCAGAUGGAGCAGAUCAUAAAGAUAAUGGAAAGCCACCAACUUUGGUGACCAGUAUGAUCGAUUACAACAUGCCAAUCACAAUGGCCUACAUGAAGCACAUGAAACUGCAGCUAUUAAAUUCCCAACAAGAUGAGGAUGAAAGCUCCAUAGAAAGUGAUGAAUUUGAUCUGAGCGAUUCCACCAGGAUGUCUGCUGUAAACUCUGACCUCAGUUCAAAUCUUGAAGAAAGGAUUCAAAGUCCACAGAAUCUCCAGGGCCAGCAAGAUGAUGAUUCAGCUGCAGAGAGCUUUAACGGCAAUGAGACUGCAGGACACAGUUCCAACGCUUCAGGGGGAACACACUGCAGGGAAGUGGCAGAAGCCAACAGUAAUGGCAAAACAACUCUGGAAUCGGAUGAACAGCCUCUGAACCUGAGUGACAGUCCCUUCUCUGCUCAGCUCACGUCAGAAUACAGGUUAGAUGACCAAAGCAGUGAUGGAAAGAACAAGUACAAGAACAUCCUAGUAUCUGAUCUUAAGAUGGAGCAAGAGGCAAAAGAAAAUGGAAGCAAGUCACCUGCCCAUAGCUAUUCAAGCUAUGAUUCUGGCAAGAAUGAAAGCAUGGACAGAGGCGCUGAAGACCUUUCCCUGAACCGGGGAGAGGAGGAUGAGGAUGACCAUGAUGACCAUGAAGAUGCGGAGAAGGCCAAUGAGUCGGAUGGAGUAGAAGCUGAGCGCCUGAAAGCUUUUAAUAUGUUUGUCAGGCUGUUUGUAGAUGAAAACUUGGACCGAAUGGUUCCAAUCUCUAAGCAGCCCAAAGAAAAGAUCCAGGCUAUCAUUGACUCAUGCAGGCGACAAUUCCCUGAGUACCAAGAGCGUGCCAGAAAGCGUAUACGUACUUACCUCAAGUCCUGCAGGCGGAUGAAAAGGAGUGGAUUUGAGAUGUCACGACCCAUUCCCUCACACCUUACUUCAGCAGUAGCAGAGAGUAUCCUGGCUUCAGCCUGUGAAAGUGAAAGCAGAAAUGCUGCAAAGCGGAUGCGGUUGGAUCGACAGCAGGAUGAGGCUAUUCCAGCAGAGAAACCAUAUAAACAGGAACCGACCCAGGUCACUUACUCAACAUCAGCUGUUUCCAGCACGCAGGAGGUGCUGUACAUAAAUGGAAAUGGGACCUACAGUUACCAUAGUUACAGAGGGUUAGGAGGAGGUUUGCUAAAUCUCAGCGAUGCUUCUACCAGCGGCCCAACUGAUCUCAGUAUGAAGCGACAAUUAGCGACCACUCCUGGAUCUUCCAGCAGUACCAGCUCUCGACCUCAACUGAGUCCAACCGAAAUUAAUGCAGUACGGCAACUGGUUGCAGGAUACCGAGAAUCAGCUGCAUUUUUAUUGCGUUCUGCGGAUGAACUGGAAAACCUUAUUUUGCAGCAGAACUGAGACACGCGACCAUCCUGCUGAUCUAGUUUUAUCACAGAAUUUCCACUAAUGACAUUUUGAUUUCCCAGAGCAGAUCUUUUAAUUACUG